AGAAACGUCGCUGAGCAGAUUUAAGAUACCGGGUUUGUUAUAUUGUAUUUUCCCCGAAGACAAUUAAUAUACAUUUGUCCGUGUAAAAUGGGCUCCCAUGGUCUUUUAGGGAACGAGCCUGAGUCUAUAGAUUAUUCUGUUCACGAAGCGUGGAAUGAAGCCACGAACGUCUAUCUGCUGGUGAUCCUGGUCAGCUUCGGCCUGCUGAUGUACGCCAGAAAAAACAAGAGGAAGAUCAUGCGUAUUUUCACUCUGCCUCCGACCGUCGGCAGCAGCCCGGAGCCGAACUUCUAUGACAGCCUGCAGAAGGUGCGCUUACGGCAGCAGCUGGAGAUGUAUUCGCUGGCCAGGAAGUACGAGCAGCAGCAGCAGGGUCAGUCGGAGAGCGUGCAGCUGUCCAUGGAAUGAGAGCAGGAAGCAGCAGACAGGAAUCACCUGCCGUGUUCCUCUCAGACCACCAGCGCUCCUUUGAUCCCACUGCUUUGUGUUUGGCUUCACAAACGAGAACAGCGUUAGGAGUUUUCAUUUGUCUGCUGUGGCAGGUGCAGGCAGUCGGACGGAGAAUUCAAGAGGGUUUUGGCAGAACAUGCUACCUUGCACACCUGUGAGAUUCUGACAGCUGGCACUGAAGUAUUUUUAGUGGACUAUGAGAAAGCAGCCCACUGUGGAGAAUGUUACUGAAACCAGAGUUCAACAUCUGCACAGGUUUUAGUUUUCAUCACGUCGAUGUAAAAUAUCAUGUUUCAGGUGGGACUAUAAUGUCAGAAAACAAAAGUAGUGCUGAUUAAUAAUCAGCAGUUGCUGGACAAAGGACAGUAACUUAUUGUUCGGGCUGCACAUCUCGAUGUGGGCCUGUGUGAUUAUGUAAACGGACGCGUGCGGUCUAAACCCUGCACUGAGCGUGCACUGCACCACGGACGUGCAGGGUUUUUGCCUCCCUCCUGUGGAUGCUGUUCACUUUCUACAGCUCUGGUGAAUAAUGAUGAAUGUCUGGAAUUUACUGUCUUUUUAUAAAUAUGUAAAAAGGAUCAUAGGUUUUGUUUUUUCCAGUCCCUGAUGUAUAUCGGUAUUAAAUCAUUUUCACAUGAAGACAAAAAUGUGAUGGAAAUAUUUAAAAUGUGAAUCUGUUGUGGGAACUUGUGCUGAAAUGUUCAUGAUCUUUUAAAGUACUGAAGCUGUGAAAGAACUAUAACCCAAACCUUACAUUUUUAUGAAUUAAAAAAAACAAAACAU